GAAAGAAAGAAGAAACUACAGCUUCCAAUACAGCUUUUAGCACAGUGGCAAGGGUGUGUAGGGACCGCUCCAACGUACCAGUACUACAACUCCCAGGGUAGCAACAUCUCAGCAGGGUGAAAGGAGGGGCUGAACUCUCACCGGAGGCGGGACCAGGCCAGAACCACCCAGACAGCUUCCAGAAAAGGGCGUGGACAUGUGACCAUCAGGAAGUUACCUGUAGAAUCUUUUACGGUGUUUUCUGUUCACAACCUUUUCAGCUACCCUUAAUCGGGAAGUCGUGGACCAAUGAGCCUCUUCUGAAAAAGAGGAGCCGGACAAGGGUGGUGGCAAAGAUUGGCUACUGUGUUCCCCAGGAGGGUUCAAUAGCCAUUCUUUACCUGCUGAGUCGGGUGAAGCGAUUCACCGGGCCGCAACCUGCAUCUAGGAAAAGGACGAAGAAAGUAGUCAUCUGUUCAUUUUGAAGACUAAACGCAGAACGCAUCAUCUGCAAGACCCACUUGUGGACUGUCUGCUGCCCUUGCUCCACCUCAGAAGGAAGGGAAAACUGGAGAACUUUGGGGAGCCAAGGAAAGGCCUGCCAGAGCUUAACUCGGAUCUGUUUGCGCUAGCCCCAAACGAUAGAGAUCCAUGGCUUCCACCGUAUGGGGCGGUGCCCCCUGGUGGGGCCCGCCACCCCCAGCCCCAGCCCGGCCGCUCACAGACGUCGACUUCUGCUCUGGCGCCCAGCUGCAGGAGCUGACUCAGUUGAUUCAGGAGCUGGGUGUCCAGGAGAGUUGGAGCGAAGGGCCCAAGCCUGCAGCUGAUCUUCUCCGAGCCAAGGAUUUUGUCUUCUCUUUGCUCGGUCUGGUUCACCGCCAGGACCCUCGUUUCCCACCCCAGGCAGAACUCUUGCUGCUUCGCGGUGGGAUUCGCGAAGGCUCCCUAGAUUUAGGGCAUGCCCCCUUAGGUCCCUACGCCCGGGGACCUCAUUAUGAUGCUGGCUUUACGCUCCUUGUGCCUGUGUUUUCUCUGGACGGCACUGGGCCAGAGCUGCUACUAGAUCUGGAAUCCUGUUAUGCAUGGCUCCGCCUUCCAGAGCUGAUGUGCGGAAUUUCCGUCCGGGAGACCUGGCAGGAUUGCCUAGGACCCCCUGUCGCAGAAGAAUGUGAUUUGACUCACCAAACCCAUAGCAAAGAAAGUCCCACGGACCAGGAAAGCUCCGUAGACCAGGCACAUGAUUAUGUCCCUGAGCCUGAGCCUGAGCCUGAGCCGCACACAUCUGUGGAAAAAUCAUCUAGUGACCUCUCAGGGUCCCACUCGCCUUACAAUGACAUCACCCAUCUUGAAACUCCUGAGCCAUUGAAAACACUGAGUAGUGACGCCUUGGAAGCCGACGAAAAGCCAUCCCCAAAGCCGUCGGAGGCUCCGAAGGCAUGGCCCACAUUAUGCCCUACCCAAGUGGCUGCCUGGUUCUUCGUUAAGCUGGCUGAGGUCGCUGAGUCCCUGAUCCCGGUCCCAGGCGCCCCGCGGCUGGUUCACGCAGCUCGCCACGCGGGUGUCACCACGGUCCUCCUGGCCACUCCAGAGCCCCCACGCCACCUCCUGCUCUUCGACCUGAUCCCGGUGGUGACCGUGACAGGCUGGCCUGACAGGGCUCGGAGCCACUCGUGGGCGGGUCCACUGGUCUCGGAGUCGGCUUCUUUCUACCUAGUGCCGGGCAGCCACCCGGAGCAGCAGGGCACCCCUGGAUGGCAGCUGUGCUUCGCCCGCCAGGAGCUGGCGCUCAAAGCGCGCAUCCCAGCGCCGCUGCUUCAAGCACACGCGGCGGCCCAGGCGCUGCUGCGCCCGCUGGUGGCGGGGACCCGGGCCGCCGCGCCCUACCUCCUGCGGACCUUGCUCUACUGGGCGUGCGAGCGGCUCCCUGCGCUCUACCUGGCGCGGCCCGAAAACGCCGGCGCUUGUUGCCUUGGGCUACUGGAUGAGCUGAGCCGAGUGCUCGAGGCCGGGACGCUGCCUCAUUAUUUUGUGAGCGGCCGAAAGCUCUGUAUGGGCGAGGGCUCCGCUGCCCUGCGCGGGGCAUUGGCCCAGCUCCGCGGAGACCCUGCCCAGGCCUUGCGUGAGGCGGUGGAGGAAGCCAAGGUUGCCCGCAAAGGGGGCGGUUUAGCGGGCGUAGGGGGCGGGACCCAUUAAAGAGUCUACUCUUCGGGAA